CAAACCCUCAAUCUCAGGUCAUGGUGGAGGAAGAGACAGGAACCUGGGCAGGGUUCUAAGUCCUACUGAUUAGGAACAGAUCUGGGGAUCAGAAACGGUCCUCUGCCCACAGGCCCUACUGCUUUGGGGCAUCCCCACAUGUCUGCACGCGCCUUGCCUUUUCCGUGUCUGGGUCUCAGGAUCACCACAACCAAAAACAUUCCUGUCUCAAUCUCAGUGGGCGUCAGCCUAUAGGGUCUUCAGCCUAUCGAGUAGGUAGGAGCCACCCCUGCUCUCUGGGACGCCACUUAACUCUGCUAUCCUAUUCUCACCCUGCACACAUCAGAAGAAUUUUCACUUGAACUUGGAGAUCCCUUGGCCCCUCCAUCCAAACACCCUAAUGACCGAUCCCUCUUCCAUUGCGCGCUGCACCCUGAAGGCCGGCAGGGGGCGCGCCGACCCGCCGCCUUGGGCCAGCGUGGAACGCAUGCGCGUGGCGCCCCUUGCCCUCGACGCUGCGUCCGCACGAGAGCUCAGAGACGCGUUCCCUCUGGGGCGACGGAGGAGGCGACGCCGCGGAGGACGAGAGCCCCGUAUCUGCCCUUUGUCUGCUUAGUUACUGGACUGUCCCUUGGUGAGAAUACGCAGGAAGAGAGGAGCGACUGAGUUCUAGACCAUGCAACCACAGGAAUCUGUGACCUUCAAGGAUAUAGCUGUAGACUUCACCCAGGAAGAGUGGGCCCUGCUGGACGCAUCCCAGAGGAAGCUGUACAGAGAUGUGAUGCUGGAGAACAUCGGUCAUCUGGUGUCUGUGGGGUAUCGAGUUUGCAAAUCAGAUGUGAUUUCCCAGUUGCAGCAAGGAGUGGAGCUGUGGAGGGAAGGGAGAGGAUUUCCCCAAGGCGUGAUUCCAGACAGAAAAAGUAGCCUUAUGAGGCAAGAAGAUGUCUGCAGGAAGGACCCAUCUAAGUGCAUGUCAGUGACUCCUCUGGCUUUUUAAUUUGAUACAGGAGAAUAACAAGGGGAAGAUAUGAGUAAGUACUAAAUCCUGUUGAAUGAUCACUCUAGCAUAAUACAGGAACACAAUGGUAUUUUGUUAUGCCACUAUUAUAUAGGAAUUACCAUAUUUUAAAAACAUAUUAAAACUUGAUGUUGGAAAUCUAUUACAUCUUGGUUUUUAGAGAACUAGGGUAAUGUAAAAAUAUAGAUGAGUCUCUUAUGCAUGAUGUAUAUUGCUGGUUCAUAUGAAAUAUGGAGAUUCUUAUGUUCCAGUCAUGCAGAGAGUGAAAUAAUUCUGUUUUAAGCUCUAUCUUAGGGUCUGUCAUCUGGCCACAUUUCAUGCUGGGCUCACUCACACACUACAGAACUGUGAAUGUUCAGAGGAAACUUUUCUAAAACAAUUAAAAUGGCAUAAUUGUAUAAAUUACAUUGAGAUGCAAGCAAUUAUUAUGAAAUUUGAAAUUAGUAUAAACACAGCAAAUAUUUUAUGGCAUAGGCUGAAUGUUUUUGAUUAAAAUAGUUUAGUGGGUAGUUACUUGAAUAUUCAAAUAAACUGCUCUUCA